GAUGCAUUGAGCGUCUUCCUGUUUCGGAAUUUGUAGGCAUGGGAAAAUAAAGGAUCAAGUUCUACGUGUUGGUACCACAUCAUUUUUGUUAAUUACUUAUAAUGGCUGGUGAUGAGUUGGCAGAGAGUAUGCUUAGUAAUAUGGAUGUUGAGAAUCUGUCGUCGAAGGGUUUUAAAGAAGACAGACCUCAAAUAUCAGCAACACGGAAAGACUAUUCCUAUGCAAAGAAAAAGACAUUUGCGACAUUUGUGGCAUCUAAGAGGGUUCCUGCACCCUGCGAAAAUACCUCGUCAACUUUGUGGUGCUGCUGUGACAGAACUUUCACAGAUCUUUCCUCAAUCCACAAACACGUUGCCAACGAUCAUGCAAAAGAUAUUCAUCAGCUCACUAUCGACGCUUUAGACCUCAUGCAAAGACAAACCGAAGAAGAAUCUUCCGUGCACCAAGAUUCGACGAAUGACGGUGCCGUUGACGCGUCGUGCUGGGUACCUGACAUAAGCCAAAUUUCUGAAGACAAACUGAACAGGGGCCCUGGCGAAGUGCUUUUGUAUUAUUGUUACUGUCCAAUAGAGAAUCCACAACUCAUUUGUGCGUGGCAGAAAGCUUUGUGUUCAAAGCUCCAGUUGACUGGCAAGAUUCGAGUAGCCACUGAAGGAAUCAAUGGAACAGUUGGUGGUACCAAAGUAGCCACAGGCCUUUACAUCCAUGCAAUGCUUUCUCAUCCAAUCUUCAAAAUAAUGCAAGUAGAAGACUUCAAGAGAAGUGAGGGGGGUUCUGACUGCUUCUCAGAGCUCAGGGUUGGAGUCUUUAAAGAAAUCGUACCAAUGGGAGUGGAUCCAGAUAUGAUAUCAUAUAGAAUGGCAGGAACUCAUUUGGAACCUGAAGAAUUUCACAGAGAGGUGCAAACUCUUCUGGAGAAAGGUCCUUCAUGCAAUGAUACAAUAUUGUUAGACUGUAGAAACUUCUAUGAGAGUAAGAUUGGACAGUUCAGUCAGUGUUUGGCCCCUGACAUCCGGAAAUUCAGCUACUUCCCAGAUUAUGUGGACAAGAACCUGGACCUGUUUCGAGAUAAGAAGGUUCUGAUGUACUGCACGGGGGGCAUUCGCUGUGAACGAGGGUCUGCCUACCUCCUCUCCAAGAAUGUGUGUAAAGAAGUCUGUCAACUGAAGGGGGGCAUCCACAAGUACUUGGAGCGUUUUCCUGAAGGCUUUUACCGAGGGAAGCUCUUUGUGUUUGACGAGCGCUACGCAAUUUCCUUCAACGACGAUGUUGUCUCAGACUGUAGGUAUUGUGGAACCCCUUGGGACCAGUAUCAGCUGUGCUCCACGCAGUUCUGCUGUCAGCUUGUCUUGUCGUGCCCUUCUUGCCGCCGAGAGGGUCAUACGGCCUGUUGUCCCGCCUGCCAAGCCAAAGACCAGGGACGGAGCGACCCCUCUUCAGACGGGUCUCUCAGAAAGGAAGAGUGCGAGUGUACUUCUUCACGGCCAAGGAUCCCUAAAGACACAUUAUGACCCCGACUUCGGAACCUGCAUCUGCACUGUAGACGCAUCAAAAGAAGUGUACUCUACCAUGCAAUACCUCAGUCUUAGAGAGCUAAAGCUGAGGCCAGUGAGACAAGAAUUAGAGAAUGAGCGAUGUUGUCUGGUUCAAAUGUGGUUUUGAAUGCAAGUGUUUCCGUGAAUUGAUGACGCUGUAAUGGACAUUUCGCACUGCACGAGUGAGUGAACGUUGAAGUGAACUUUUAACUGACCUCAAAUGACAACUUACAAUAAUUUGUAUCAACUUGAGUUCAUCUUAAGUGCUUUUAAU